AUGACCGAGCCACAGCGUCAUCAAGCGCAGAAUAAAGGGUUCCUGUCGCGGACACAGAAGAUCGCAUUCUACGCAACUAUUUUGUAUGCCGUUCUCAUCUUCCUGCUGUCCCAACCGACGAUUCAACGGCAUGUAGCGUAUCAGCAUUACCUCUCCGAGCCAUUCCGAGGUCGGCUUGAUGUUCCUGAGAAGUACGGUCUCGCUCCCGGAAAAACCCUCAAUACGAAGAUACUGACAUCGGACAACGUCACGCUCGGCGCUUGGUUCGUCCUCGCCGAUCCAUACUACCAAUCUCUCCGUUCCGGCGGGCAUCCCACGUCACAGCCGUCUCUCGAGACAAUCCAAGCAGCAAUCCAAGCAUAUCCCACUAUUCUGUAUCUUCAUGGCGCAGCCGGACGGCGCUCUACCACGUGGCGCGUGCAGGGCUAUAAUGCGUACACGUCUCGUAUGCAAGCCAACGUUCUUGUGAUCGAUUACCGCGGUUUCGGUGACAGCGAAGGAUCACCAUCUGAGGCGGGUCUGGCCUCGGAUGCAUACGCAGCCUGGACCUGGCUCGUCGAGCAGGGCGCAAGGUCCCACGAUGUAUUGAUUUAUGGACACAGUCUGGGCACCGGUGUUGCUGGCAAACUUGGCUCGCGGCUAGCCAGAGAGAAUGUGAAGCCUCGGGGGAUUGUACUGACUGCUCCAUUUUCGAGCCUAUCUUCCGUGGUAGAGACGUACAACAUCUUUGGCUUCCCCGUUCUGCAGCCGCUACAACAGUUUGCGUGGGGAAGAAAGUUGAUCAAGCGACUGACAAUUGAAGAGUACAACACGCUGUCUGUCAUCAGAGAGUUCAACGUUCCUACCUUGAUCGCACAUGCAGUGAAUGACUUUGAUGUUCCUCAUACACACUCCCGCACGCUUCUCGACCAUCUGCUUGACCCCUUACUCCCUCCCGCCGUCGAUCUCCCAUCUGCACCUGGUACUCCCAUGUCAGAAGAGGGGUAUGCGGCCUUCAUCGAGGUGCAAGGCAAGAGAAGGGAAGCAAGGGCGACACUGGUCAGAAAGGUCGAAGUACCGAACUUCGGUGUGGUGGAGGAGUUUGACGGUACAUAUGGGAAGGUCAUUUACGUUGAGACGAUGUGGGGCUCCCACGCCUUGGUGGGGUUGCAAGAAGGCGUGCAAGAUGCCAUAAUUUCGACGUUUCGUUUGGGUGGUCGUUUGUGA